AUGAAGAAGCUGAACCUUUUACCAACCCAAACGAUUUCAAUAGCCAUGUCAGGAGGAGUCGAUUCAUCAGUUGUAGCCAGUUUGUUAAUCAGAUCAGGUUAUCAUCAUCGAUUAAGAGCUAUCUUUGUUAAGAAUUGGAUGGAUGAUUCUGAUGUAAAAGUCAAAGAUCAGGGUAUUAGAUGUCAGUGGAAAAGAGAUUGGGAUGAUGUUCAAUCGGUUUGUGAUCAUUUAAAAUUACCUUGUCAACUUAUCGAUUUAUCUAAGGCUUAUUGGAAUCAAGUUUGGGAACCGUGUUUGAAGAUAUGGGAAUCGGGUGGUACUCCUAAUCCAGAUGUGAUGUGCAAUCGACAAAUCAAGUUUGGAAUCCUAGCCGAGCACUUAUUAAAAUCAGAUCCCCAAACAAUCUUAGCCACGGGACAUUAUGCUCGAUUGAAACAUACUCAAGAAGGUACAACAGAAUUACAUCAAGCCUUUUCAGAAACAUCAAAAGAUCAAUCAUAUUAUUUAUCUACGAUUCCUUCUAAGAUCUUAAAAAGAUGUUUGUUUCCAUUAGGUGAGAAUGGAUUUAAUAAAGAAUUGGUCAGGAAGAUUGCUAAAGAAGUUAGGUUACCUAAUGCUUUGAAAAAUGAAAGUAUGGGGAUUUGUUUGGUUGAACCUAGGAUAAAAAGGUUUGAAGAAUUUUUAGGUACACAGAUUGAGGGUAGAAAAGGUGAGAUUGUUUUGUUUGAUGAUCAAAAGACUGUCGUAGGAGAACAUCGAGGGAUUUGGAAUUACACUAUUGGACAAAGGUGUCGGAUCAACAAACCUAAUGCUUUUCCACAAAAGCUGUAUGUUGCAAAGAAAGACUUGAAACUCAAUCGGGUCUUCGUAGUACCUCACCAUGAUCAUCCAGCAUUAUAUACAAGGAAGAUCUUCACCUAUGAUUUUCAAUGGAUCAAUCCUCCUUCUUUAUCUCAAACGUCUUUAGAACUAUCUGCAAGAGUAAGAACUGGAACCUUAGAACCUAUUCCAUGUGAAGUGAACUUUUCAAACCCGUAA